UUAGCCGCCGACUGGUGUGCAUGUCGUGUCCGACACCAUGGCAUGGGGAUACUGGAGUGCUACCGUUGUGACCGACAAGGGCCGCUCGCCCCGUAAGCAAUCCACGUCGCGGCUCAGCUCGUCAAACUUCCAGCGGCGCGCCUCCUUCCGCGACCCGCUCUCGCUCUCCUCGUCCAGGGAAUUCACGCUCCACUCGGUCCCUGGGCCCAGCAAUCACGCCCACCACGCGCCCACCGUCUCCUCGGUGGUGCACAACCAUGCGGCCGAGUGUCCGGUGGCGAUCGCGGCCGCCGAGGCGGCCCACAGCGGCACGUCCUCCAGUCUGGGCCACUACCCGCCGCCGCCGAUGCUCCACCACCACCACCACCACAUCCAAGCGGCCUCGGCGCCCGUUUCGCCGUCUCCGACGCCCGCACCGACCCGUGAGAAUUCACCAGUACCGUCCCCGGGACACACCUCGGAGGACGAGGUGGAAAUUAUCCUCGACGAAGUUUUCCCCAAUGUGCCGGCUGCAGCUGGAAUGCCAUGCCAAGGAGAAGACCGGAGCAUUUAUCGGAGGGGCGCUCGGCGCUGGCGGAAGUUGUACUUGGUCAACGGCCACAUCUUCCAGGCCAAGAGGUUCAACAGGAGAGCAUUUUGCGCUUUUUGCCGGGACCGAAUAUGGGGCCUCGGCCGGCAAGGAUUCAAAUGCAACCAGUGCAAGCUGCUGGUGCACAAGAAGUGUCACAAACUGGUGCAGCGACCGUGCAACGCGGACCAGCACCACGACGAUUCGCGAGACCGAGAAGAACACAACGGCGGAGGUAGCUUUUUGCCAGAGCCAGAUUAUUAUGGGCACACGUAUAGAAAAGCAGGCACUCCGACAUCAGACUUGCUGCCAGAUUCCAAAGAAUUCCAUGAAUCUCCCGAUGUGACUAACGAGUCAGUAGCAGUAGAAGAUCCGGCCAAGUACUGCUAUAUUUACUCACGCUCCGACGAAGCUCUAGAACCUGGCACGCAGCGCCAGUACUCGCUCAACGACUUUGAACUGAUUCGUGUUAUUGGAAGGGGCAGCUACGCCAAGGUGCUGAUGGUCGAACUGAAGAAGACGCGCCGCAUCUACGCCAUGAAAGUCAUCAAGAAGGCGCUCGUCACCGACGACGAGGAUAUCGACUGGGUGCAAACGGAAAAGCACGUCUUCGAGACCGCCUCAAACCACCCGUUCUUGGUUGGCCUCCACUCCUGUUUCCAGACUCCAAGUAGAUUGUUCUUUGUGAUCGAGUUUGUGAGAGGAGGAGAUUUGAUGUUCCACAUGCAGAGGCAGCGCCGUCUGCCUGAAGAGCAUGCCCGCUUCUAUGCAGCGGAAAUCAGCCUGGCGCUCAAUUUCUUGCACGACAAAGGCAUUAUUUACCGUGAUUUGAAACUGGACAACGUCCUGCUCGAUCACGAGGGUCACAUUAAACUUACUGACUACGGGAUGUGCAAGGAGGGAAUACGACAAGGCGACACGACUUCUACAUUCUGCGGCACGCCAAACUACAUUGCUCCUGAAAUCCUCCGAGGAGAGGAUUACGGCUUCAGCGUCGACUGGUGGGCGCUCGGAGUUCUGCUUUACGAAAUGCUGGCUGGAAGAAGUCCAUUCGACAUUGCCGGGGCUUCGGACAAUCCCGAUCAAAACACUGAGGACUAUCUUUUCCAAGUUAUAUUGGAGAAGACCAUUCGAAUUCCCCGCUCCUUGUCUGUGAAGGCAGCGUCGGUCCUCAAGGGCUUCCUGAACAAAAAUCCAGCUGAUCGUCUAGGUUGCCAUCGAGAAUCAGGAUUCCUGGACAUUGUCAAUCAUCCCUUCUUCAAAAGUAUUGAUUGGGAGCUGCUCCACGAGAAACAAAUUUCGCCCCCAUUUCAACCCCAACUCGAGUCAGAGUUUGACUGUGACAAUUUUGACCCCCAGUUCACUUUGGAGCCGGUUCAGUUGACUCCAGAUGACGAGAGGGUGAUUGAAAAGAUCGAUCAGUCCGAGUUCGAAGGUUUCGAGUACGUCAACCCGUUACUGAUGUCUCUAGAGGACUGUGUGUGACGUCCAGGAUCGCGGGGGCCUCCUCCCCCGCCUCCUGCCCGGUACUCAUCGGUCAGCGCCAACACAAGGAAGAGGGCGACAUCGUUGGUGCGGCCUUUGCCUCGACCUCCACCUCCGGACAGACCCUCGACACCGUUAGAACCCCCGUACAUGGGGAGCCUCAAAUUAUCAACGCGCUCGAUGACUCUCACUUUGUAAAUUCUAAUUCCCCCUCGGGCAGGACGAAAGAAACGACGGGAUUAUUUUCAUAAAAGAGUGUUACAAAAAUUGGCUAUCUAAAAAUUCUGCAGACUUGUUAGCGUCAGAGGUUAAUCGUUAUUGCAAAAGUUGCGUCUAGUAAUUGGGUGUUGAAUUCUGGUAAUUAGCUGACUCACUUAAUUAAAACCGUACUAUGAAAGAAACUGUGAACGCUUUGAUAUAACAAAAGGUAGCUAUGAUUGUUGACUAAAUCCCUUA